AUGAUGCAUUCAGCAGCUGAGACAUACUUGCUAAAGAAAUUUGAACAAUUUCGGCAAAGAAAGGAGGAAGCCGCGGCGGCCAGGCGGCAAGCCGCAGCACAGCAGGUCCGCCAGAGCCUGGCUUCCAAGCUGCCGCCCUCCCUGGCAUUAGCCCUUGGCACGGGAAAUAGUACGAUAUCGUUGCCCGCGCGGGGUAGCCACGUGGCACCUGGGUCGCGGGCCAGCAGCGUGGAGAGGGCCGACAGCACCGCGGCUGCCGCCGCGCCCGCGGAUGCCACGCCGGCGGGAGAGACGGCCAAAGACCGUGCUCUUCGGGCUCUCCGGCUACAGAAACAAAGGACAGAAGCCGCGGAAGCGGGCGAGCAAGUCGGCAGCGGUGCAGCUGCAGCUGCCCCCGCGACCACGUCGAUCACAGGCCGCAAGCUGCCUAGCGCGGCGAGGAGGAACGCGGGGGCCGGCGGACCGCCGCCCACGCCGCUACACACCCCGGCAGCGUCCGAGCCCGAGCCUGCGCCCGUGGGCUAUGUGCCCAUCAGUCGGCAGCGCGGCGGCAGUGCCAGCGGCGGAAGCGGCGGCGGCGGUUCAGUUCCUGCUGCCGCCGCCGCUGCUGGCGGCGGCGGUGCGGUGCCCACAGCACCCAGCGCCAAGGCGUCAUCCGCUCCACCCGGAUACAAACCCCCGGCACCUGCGGGGUUCAAGCCUCCGGUGCCCGGAGGCUUUAAGCCCCCCGUGCCGGCUGGCUUUAAGCCCCCUGGCCCACCGGGCUUCAAACCCCCUGUUCCCACGAGCCUCCCGAGGCCAUUAGGACACGCGGGAUUCAAACCACCGGUUCCAGCGGGAUUUAAAAUGCCCAUGUCAGGUGGCGGCAGCGGUGCUACCGGCGGCGGCGCGGGCGCGUCGCUGGCGGGGAAUAAGCGUCCGGUGCCGGAGCCGCCGCCGCCAUCCUCGUCGUCGUAUGGGUCAGACGACGAGGACGACUACGAUCCGUCGGCUUUGCACGGGAAUUGCAUGGACACCAUUCCACAGUACGACGGCGCUGACGAUGCGAUGCAUGAUGGUACGGGUGGCGACGGUCCCGACGCCGGACUGGCCAGUGCCGCCACGGCAGCCGGCGCAGGGCUGACGGUGCCGCUGAUCCUUAGCGACCCCGUCGUCGCGACCGCCGCAGCUCUGGGCGCUUUGAGCGGCCUACCGCUGGGUACGGACGGCUUGGGAGUGCUUGGCGGCGGCGACGGUGUAGCGGCGGGCGUGCCGGGGUGCGAUGCACUGCUAGUUCCUGCCGUACCGGCGGUGUCGCCGGAGGAGGCGCAAUCAGCGCUGGCGGAGGCGACGGCGGCGCUCGUGCAGGCGACGGCGGCGCUGGCAGAAGCCACGGCGGCGCUGGCGGAGGCUACCUCUACGUCACCUGUGCCAUUGCCUAUGCCGUGCUUGACGGACGCCAACGGCUUGCCGGUCCUGUCGGAUACCAACGGCCUGCCGCCAUGCCUUGGGGAUCCCAACGCCGGGUCUUUCAUGGCAGGUGUCGACGGCUCGGCGGUGUGGGGGGUCAUACCGUUCGCGGCGCCGUUCGCACCCAUCGCUCUAGAUGACGGUACCGCCGCCUUUGCGGCGCUGAGUGCCUCCGCCGCGGCAGGCGGCGACGGUGCCGUUGCCGGUGUUGCUGCGACAGCGGCCGCUGGUGCCGCCAGCGUCGGCGUUGGGGCCCUCGUCCCCGAUGGCUUCGAUCCUAUGCUACCAUCGCUACAGCAGCUACAGCCUCUACCUUCGCUUGACAAUUCGGCAGCUACAUCCGACUUUGGACUGCAAACCUUCCUUAGCGGGGUGCCCUUUGCACUCCCCGAUGCUGCUAAUACAGCAGCGGCGGCGGCGGCGGAUACAGCAGCCUUGACGUCGUCAACGGGUAAUACUGCCGUCGGCGGCGGCGCCGCCGCCGCCGCCGCCACGGCCGGCAGCGCGGCGGCAGCUGGCGCUAACGCAGCUCCCGGGUCAGCGACGGCCAUGGACUUCUCGGUCAUUGCGGCGUUGACCAUGGCGGACGGCUCGGAGCUUGAAGCAGCGGCGGCGUUGACCUUUGAUGACGACGGCGACGACUUGGACGCGUCGUUUCAUGCCCUCAUACAGUCCGACGACGAGCUUUGUGAGGACAACGAGCUAGCGGUCCGAGCCCCGGGACCCGGCCUUUGGCUACCAGCAGGCAUUGGACCUGGAACGGCCUCGCCCGGAGGCUUGCUACCGCCGCCUCAACAACAAGCACAUCAGCAUCCGGAUCAGCAGCAGCAGCAGGGCCAAAUACUUGAGGUCCUGCACCAGCGGCAGCCGAGCAUGCGGCCUGGGCCAAUGGAGUGGGCUCCUGGGCAGCCGCAUUCCCCACCGCCGCCGGCCCCGCAGCAGCAGCAGCAGCAGCAGCCGCAGGGGUCCGGGCGUCAUGGAGCCAGCGGCAGCGCCAUGCAGCUCUCAGGGGCAUGCUACGGACUCGAUGAUGAUGAUAAUGAUGAUGUUGAUGAUGAUGAUCAGCCGCAUGCGAUGGCGAUAUGUGGGAUCAAUGAGGGGCACGCACGAGCACAGCUGCAUCAAGAGCGACGACAGAAGCAACAACAACAGCAACAACAAGAAGGGCAGCAGCAGCAAGGGCAGCAGCACGAACGAGGAGGACAACGAAAGCCGCAGCAACUUGGACAGCAACAUGGACAGCAACAUGGACAGCAACAUGGGCCGCGAGUGCAGGAGAGUAGGGCCCAGUUACGUGCAGUGAAGCUGGAACCGGCAGCAGAGGAUGCCGCCGCGGGUCGACGGCCGCCGCCGCCACCGCCGCCACCGUUGCCGAGGCAGCCGCAGCACCACCACCAGCGACAUAUGGCGCAACGGGAGCAACAGCAGCAGCGGCGGCAACAGCAGCCGCAGCAGCGGCAAGAGGCAGCAGCAACACCUUCACAUCAGAAACAGCACCAGCUGCAGCAGCAGAUGCAGGCCCAGCCUAAGCAGCAGCAGAUGCAGCUAGGUAAGGUACAGGAGAGCACAAGUGCAUCUGUGCACGGCUGCGGCGGUGGCGGCGGCAACGGUGGCGUCCAGGCGGGCAGGGUGCAACCCCCACAUGCCGCGCCGCCGCCACCGCCGUCGCCCAACACGCCAGGACUGGGAGAGCCGUCCGGCCAGCGGGCACGCCAGGUCACCCUCCCCGCCGCCCAGGCGGACGAGAACGAGGAUGACGGAGAGGAGGGUUGCAUCAGCAAGACUUGUACGGUGAAGGCCCGCGGUAACGCGGGUGGCAGCGGGACUGUGAUCCGUGUAAAGCUCGGGCCGUACCGGGCGACGGCGACGGCGGUGCCUCCGCCGCCUCUACCAUUGCCACCUCCCCCGGGUUCUAACCUCACGCCGAGGGUCAAUUCUGCGGUUUCGCCGCCACAGACCAUUCCACCUCCGCCGCCUCCCAGGCCGCGUGCACUUUCGUCCCUGCCGCUCAUGCCAGCCAGAAGCACGGGCUUCGGUGUGCCGGAGUCGUCGCCAUUCGCAGGGGGUAACGGUGCCGGCGGCAGCGGUGGUGGCGGCGGUGGCGGUGGCGGCAGUCCCGUAAGGGGGCGGCCCGCCCGCGGAUAUGGACUACAGAUCCAGGUCCAGGUCCAGAUCACCUGGUGCAAGUACGGGCCGUACGUGGGGACUGCGUGGCGGUGCCCCGCCGCAGCGGCGGCGGUCCCUCUCGCGGUCGCGAUCUCGAUCUCCUCCGUACCACCUGAAGCGGCGCAACUCACGGUCCCAGCGGCAGCGGGCCGCAGAGGUGGCGCACGCUCGCCGCCGCCGCCGCUGGCAGCUCCUGGGGCCGGCGGCAACGGCAGUGGCGCUGGCAACACCUCCCCGGAGGGGUCGGCUACACGGCCUUUGCCUCCACCUCCACCCCCAUCGGACAAUCGCGGCUCCGGCGGCGGCAGCAGCGGCGCCGGUAGCGGCAUCGGCGGCGGCGGCGGCGGCGGCGGAGCCGCCGCCACCCAGCCAGCUGGCGGGUUCGCUACCGCGGCCCAGCAUCAUCGGGACAUGGAUCGACGGCAGGACCGCAAUCGCGACCGCGACCGCGAGCGCGGCGACCCACGGGACAGGGAUCGUGACCGGGAUCGUAGUGCGGUUCGUGAGUGGGACGCGCAGGGUCAGCGAGGGGGCGGAGGGCCCCGCGCAUGCGACCGAUCGGAUGGGCGGGACCGAGACCGGGAGAGGGAGCGCAGCUUCGGUGGCAGCGGCGGCGGCGGCGGCGGCGGCGGCAGCGAUACGCGGUCACUGGAGCUCGCGUGUACUUUGUUCGUUGGGGACCUGCCGCACGGCAUCAGCGUGGCGGAGCUGCGGAACGUGUUCGCCACGUACUCCAAGGAGGUGGUCAAUGCCAGACUGGUUUCGGGGCAGUUGUACGGCUUCGUAAGAUUCUCCAGCCCUGAGGCCGCUACUGCAGUGCUGGACUUGUCCCGCAGCAUGGGCGUGGAAGCGGGCGGCCAUAGACUGACGGUGGCUAGGGCACAGGGCUCGCUUCCGGAUUGGAAGAAGACGGGUCCAUCCCAGCAGCGUCGCGACUACACCGUAUCGGAGGGUUAUGGAGUGCCGUUCGACUUCCCGCCCAUCGCUAUUGCACCAGGCCCGAUGCGGAUGCCGAUGAGGCAGCCACCGAUGUUUGGCAUGUUUGGCAUGGGCUCGCCGAUGGCAUCAGGAAUGACAAAGGCUCUGGAGCUUUCUGGGGCGGCCGAUUUUGACGAUGUACCGACUCCUGCGUCGAGCUCAUGCGGCUGCGUCGAACUGCAGCUGCUUGUACCGGGCCCAGCCGUUGGCCUCGUGAAUUUGGGGAACACAUGCUUUUUCAAUUCCGCGAUCCAGUUACUCUUAGCCUGUCCGCAACUCAAUAAAGCUGCAACACCAAUUUGGGGGCAGGCGGGGACCAAGUCUGGGCUCCCGGGCGGCACUGGAGGGGGAUCGUCGCCGGGCAAGCCGGGAGUGCUUGGCCGCGGGCCGCUGGGCUUUGCUCUCCAGCAGGCAUUCAUCAACGCCAACGGCCUACAUGGCCGGGGCACCCUGGGACUCUCCUCACAGCCCAACAAUGCCCAUCACAACCACGGUCACCACCACGCCCAGCACGGCAACAAGGGCGCAUACAAUCCGCAGGCGCUGCUAGCUGCGGUGUGCCGUGUGGCGCCCCAGUUCAAGGGCCGCCAGCAGCACGAUAGCCAUGAGCUGUUGCGGCUGCUCCUGGACGGUUUGCAGGAGGAAGAGAAGCGCGCCAUGGAAAUGACCCGCCGCCGACCCGGCAAGGAUCCCGCCUCGCCGGGGGCGGCGACGGCGGCGGUGGCGACGGAUUCGUCAGCUCCAUCACCACCCGCUGCCGGCGGUGGCGGCGGUGCGGCUGGUGCAGGCAGUGACGUUUACGGUGCGGCCGCCGAUGAUUCAUCCUCCGUCGUUGCCAGUCUGUUUGGCGGAGAGCUCGCCAGCUGCAUCCGUUGCAACACCUGCGGCCACACCUCCGUGUCGUCCGAGUCGUUUUAUGACCUCUCCCUGCCGAUUCCUGAUGACCUGCCGGCCUUGGACGAACGGGAGCUCAAGGCGCUGGGCGCAGCAGCAGCAACGGCUGCGGCUGCAGCAGCAGCGGCCGGACAACAUCAGGCAGGGGGCUCUGCCGCGGUUGUUGCCGCCGCAGCAACAGCAACAGCGGGGAAGGGCAGGAAGCUUAGCAAGAGAGAGAAGCGCGAGCUGGAGAGAAAGGAGAAGAAGGCUAAGGAGGCGGCGGCUAAGGCGGCGGUGGGAGCGCAGAAGGGCGGUAGGGAGGCCGCUGGGAAAGUGAAGGGCAAGGGAAGGGGGGCAGGAAAGGCCCAGACAGAGGAGGGCCCGGACCCAGAAGAGGUUGCGGAGGCGGAGGCAGAGGACUCAAAGAAGCAGCAGGAGGAGCGGCUGCUGGAGAAGCAGGAUGUGGGCGGCGGCAAGACGCUGGCAGGCAAGGGGAAGGGCCCUGCCGGCAGGGUCCCGGCGGCUGAGAAAGCGGCGACGGCAGCGGUCGCGACGGCUGCGGCGGCGGAGGGUGGGGACAAGAAGAAGCUGAGCCAAAAGAUGAGGACGUUUCACAUCCUCAUAAAUCCCCAAAUCCUCACUUCUGCAUAUGCAGUUGAUAUAUCUACCAAUUCAUGCUUCUCUUCAUAUCUUUCUUACACCCAUAUCCCCACGUGGGCUCUUUUUAUCAUGUCGCUGUCCCGUCGCCACCCAAAGCAACUCCGGAAAUUGGAGAAGGAGCAGCGCAAGUUGAAAAUCGUGGCCAAGCGGCAGGCCAAGAGGGCCGACAAAGUCAAGGCAGCGGCCGGCGGGCUGGAACCAGAGUCGGGGGAUGAGGGCUCUGAAGCCGCCGCUGCCGAGCCAUCAUCGCCGACCAGCAGCCAUACGGCUGGCGGGUCGCAGGUGGAGCCAGCGGCAGCUGAGGACGCGGCGUCGGUGUCGGCGGUGGCCGCAAAUGGCUUGAAUCAAACCCUGGUGGCAGAUGAUGACGACGGAGACCUCAGAGUCGCUCAGAUCAUGUCCGAGCCCCUGGAGCCAGCCCGCGCCCGCGUCGCUACCGAAACGCUCGAGAGCACGGAAGAUGCCGCCGCUGCCGCCGCUGCGAAGACCCCUCACCGUCUCAAGACGGUUGCUUCGGACAAGGGGGCUGCCGGGCCGCCUCCUGUGGAUGGGACAGAGCCGGCUGGUACGGAUGCCCUGUCUCAGUCGGUUUCGCCCGCUGGGGGGAUUGCACUGCCCGCUGAGUCCCCACGGCACGGGAACCUGCCGGCGGAUAUACAGACAGGGCGACAGACAGAGCUGCAGGCGGGGUCUCAAGCCGAACUUCACGCUGAGAUAGGAGCGCAGCUCCAAGCUGAGAUGGAAGCCGGGAUACAGAACGAGUCGCAGGUAGACCCGGUAGAGUCGUUGCCCGAAUCGACUAGGCAAGAGCUAGAGGAACGGGCGCCGUUUGGGGCGGAGGAUUCAGUGCGGGAGCAGACCCUGCCAUCAUCGCCACUGCCAUUGCAGCCGCUUCGGCCUCCUAGGGUGUUGGACGUCGGUGCCUGCCUGGCCGCUUUCUUCGCCGUGGAGAGUGUGUCCUGGGAGUGCCCUCGCGAGCGAGCAGAGGCGCUGGAUGCCGCCGCUUCCGCCUCCGCGGGACACUCCGUUGCCGGCAGCGUGGCGGCCACGCCGCUUACGCCGACACUCCGCAAGCAGCAGGUUUCUUGGAGUCCGGGGGCGCCGGAGGUGUUCCUGGUGCCGGGCAGUGCGGAGCAGCGGGGGACGGACCUGGGGGAGGCGCUGCGGGGCAACGCGCCGUUCUUCAGGCCCGCCAAAGCGCACGGUGCAUCGUUCAUUGUCCAGGCCCAAUUAGACCCUUUUGAAACGGAAACGAUGGCGGGAGACGAAGCUAAAGUCGCACGGGACGCCGACGGGACAUCGUCCACGAGCCGGGCGUCAUCGGCGGCGAUGCCCAUCACAGUCAGCAAGAAGGGAAAUGGGCCGACGGUACGGCGUCGUGCCGCCACCGGCGGUCACGAAACUUGGGAGUACCCCACCGCGUUGCGGCGGCCGGCGGAGCACCCUGCGUUCGCCCAUGUGGGCGCGCGGGCCCUGUCCGGCGCCUUGACACCGCCGAACAGAUCCUCCUCAUCUUCAUCUUCAUCUUCAUCCUCGUCGUCGUCGUUGGAGUCGUCGGCCUCCACAUCUCCGGACAUGUCGCCAGCUGACAGUGAUACGGAAUCUGAGCGUCGGGAGGAAGCAGUCGGCUUGCACGGACAGCGCCCACCGUCGCCGCCGCCGCCGCCGCCGGUAGCGCAGCGCGGCGCGGUGUCGCUGGCUGCGGCUGCUGCAGCGGCGGCGGCGGUAUCCACUGUCACGCCUCCGUCCCCGCCUCCGCCUCCGCUGCCAUCGCCGUCAGCUUUGGCAAACAGAGCCGCGAUCGAGGCGGAAGUGGGGACGCUGCCGCCGUCGCCGUCGCCGUCGCCGUCGCCGGGGCAGCUGGCGAUGUCCCGAGCCGGGACCCCGACGGGUGCGGCAUGGAAGACCCGGCGCCAAGCACCCAAGCUGAUGUUGCUUUCUUGCACAUGCAUGGAGUUAACCUGGACCCUUCCUUGCAUCCUCCCCACCACCACCAUCAUCAACAUCAUCAACAUCAUCAACAUCAUCAUCAUCAUCACCACCAUCAUCAUCACCAUGAACACCAGCAAUCCGGCGGCGCUGGGCAGAAGCCAGGGCCGCUUCUUGGCGCGGGUGGCUGCGGCAGCGGCGCCGCCACCGCGGAUGCAGAUGGGCUUCUUGGCGACGCCUGCGCCAGCACCUGUUGACGCAGACACAAUGUUUGAUAUGGACGACCUCGCGCCACCCUCAUCGUCGGCGACUGUGCAUCUGAUCGAGGAGUCCUUGAGUGGCCAGCAAGGCCAGCCGCCGACGACGUACGAGUUGGUAUCGCCGUCGGCAGCGAUUCUAAGCCUGCUUUCGCCGCCGCCACUGGAUCGAUCGCCGGUUCCGCCUGUGGAUGGGCCGCUGCCGGCGGCAAUGACAUCGCCCACGCGCAGCAUGCCAACGCCAGCGGCGACAUCGAGUGCUCAAGACUUCGACAUUGGGGGUGCCGCCGCCGCCGCCGCAGUGGCGGCCAGCAGCAUGAUUUCCGCCGCCAUACUCCCAGCGCCGCCGGCCUGCAGAGUGUUAGACGCCGUUUCCUUCAACCCCGCGGCCGCGGCCGACACGGAUGUCGAUGCCGUCAAGCGUUCGGCUCCAAAUGAGCUCGGCGCCUGCGGCGGCGCCUCCGUCGACGACUUGCAUAAUUUGGGCGACGCGCCGGGACCGCCACCUCCGCCGCUGCCACUGCAACCGCAACCACAUGUCGUUUCUCCACAUGAUACGUCAGUGGCCUCAGAGUUCAAAUCUGGAGCCGGCUCCGGAUCAGGUUGUAGGAGUGACAACGUCGUACCAGCUGUACGGCAUGAGACGGCGGCGGAACCUCCCGGCAUUGCCAUCGACAGCAGCUCACCCCGGGCCCCGGCGGGACCCACAGGGCCGACAUCCUCCUCAAGCUCCUCACAACCCAUCCGCAUCCCGAGCAGUACGUUGUCGUCCUCGCCCUCGCCUUUCUGCACCCCGCUGUUGCCGGCGGCGGCAAUCCUUGAAGGGGAUAACGGGGGCGACGGCCGCCGGCUGUUGUCAGUACCGUCGGCAGUAGCGCCGACGGCACCCGGUGGCGGCAGCGCCGCCGCUACUGCCGCUGCUACCAUCCCCAAUGGCCGCUUGCGUUGUCGUAGCAGCAGCAGCGGCGGCGGUGGCGGCGGCGGCCUGCGCCGCAGUAGCGGCAGUAGCUUCCAACGCCAGUCGACUAAGCAGUACUGCCUUCGGCGGCCUCCUGAGGUCCUGGUACUUCACCUCAAGCGCUUCUCCGUCGACUCCCGGGGCCGACUUACCAAGAUCGACAAGCAUGUUGCCUUUGACACAACGUUGGACCUCGGGCCAUUCGUUGCGGCUGCGGCCGCGGCGGCUGCCGCCGCCGCCGCCUCACCUGCAGUGGUGGCGGCGCUGUCGCAGCCGCAGCCGCCGCUGUCGCCGGCGUCCAGGAGUCCGGCAUGUUUAUCUUUCCUUAGGGACAACGGGUACGCCGGGGCAGCGGUGCCGAUGGUGCCAGCGCCAGCGACGGCGACUGCUCCGACACCAGCUUCCGCAUCGUCAAAGGAGAACGGCGCCGUUGCUGCUGCCUCAGCUCAAACCCUGGGCGUCUACACAGCCUCCACCUCAGAUGUCGAAACUGCCAUCUCUGGCACAUCAGUCAGGCAGCCUGCGGAGGCGGAGGUGGUCGCCGCCAUCAGCACCCGCGUUUCGGGCGCUGCAGGUUCAACAGUUGCAUGCCAUCCCCUUGCCGGCCGUAGCGCUGUUUGCAACGGCGGUGAGGGGGAGCUGCUGGCCGCGGUCUUGAACUUCCGCUCCUCUUGGGCCCCCGUCAUCACCCCCACAUCCGCCCGCAUCCCAACUGCCGCCGUCGUGAUGUAUGUAGCGUACGUCAAGCGUUCAAACCCUGCCGCGGGCGGUGGCCCGCAAUGGUACUACGUGAGCGACACGCAAGUACGCCCCGUGGCGGAAGAUCAGGUGCUGCGGGCGCAGGCGUACAUCCUCAUGUACGUGCGACGCCGGGAGCCGUCGUCGCUGUCGCGAUCGCAUUCGCUGUCGGCUGCAGAGGCGGCGGCCGCGACUGCCGUCAUGGCGCCAGCGGCAUCGCCGUCACACCCGUCGGGGCAGGUGUUGGAUGAGCAGCGGCAGCAGCAGCGGCAACCGAAUGAAGAACCGCAGUCUUCGCACUCUUAG